AAAGCGGCUGUCAUGGCGGAGGUCGUGUGGAGCACUGACACCGGCGAGGCCGUGUAUCGCUCCCGGGACCCCGUGCGCAACCUGCGCAUCCGAGUUCACCUGCAAAGAAUCACAUCCAGCAACUUCCUUCAUUACCAGCCUGUUGCUCAGCCCGGGAAGGACCUCAUAGACUUGGCCACUUUUAGGCCUCACCCAACUGCUAGUGGACACCGCCCAGAAGAAGAGGAGGAGGAAGAGGUCGUGAUUGGGUGGCAGGAGAAGCUCUUCAGCCAGUUUGAAGUAGAUCUGUACCAAAAUGAAGGCGCAUGUCAGAGUCCUUUGGAUUAUCAGUACCACCAGGAGAUUCUGAAGCUGGAGCGUUCUGGUGGCAGGAAGAACCAGCGGAUCUUUACCUACACUGAUUCGGACAGAUACACCGAUGUGGAGGAGUACUGUCAGAAAAUAACUACCGCAGCCAGCGAAGUGCCCUCGUUUUUGGUUGAGCGAAUGGCAAAUGUCAGGCGGCGACGGCAGGACAGGCGAGGGAUGGAGGGCAGCAAACUCAAGUCACGCAUCAUCACCUGGGAACCCUCAGAAGACUUCAUCAGGAACAACCAUGCCAUUAACACCCCUCUUCAGACAAUGUACAUCAUGGCUGACCUGGGGCCCUGUGGAGAGCUUGGCUAUAAAAUGUAUGAACACGUCCUCUGUACUCUGAAGGUGGACAGCAAUGGUGUGAUCACGGUGAAGCCUGACUUUACUGGCCUCAAGGGACCCUACAGAAUCGAGACUGAGGGAGAGAAGCAGGAGCUCUGGAAGUACACAAUUGACAAUGUGUCGUCCCUUGCACAGCCAGAGGAGGAGGAGCGGGAACGGCGUGUGUUCAAGGACCUUUAUGGCCGACACAAGGAGUACCUCAGCAGCCUCGUGGGCACGGACUUUGAGAUGACUGCUCCAGGUGCCCUCCGGCUGUUUGUAAAUGGAGAGGUAGUUUCUGCCCAAGGCUACGAGUAUGAUAAUCUGUACAUCCAUUUCUUUGUGGAAUUACCAGCUAACUGGACAAGCCCAGCAUUUCCGCAGCUCUCAGGAGUAACCCAGACCUGCGCCACCAAGUCCCUGGGAAGGGACAAGGUGGCUUACUUCUCCUACCCAUUCACUUUUGAAGCCUUCUUCCUUCAUGAGGAUGAAUCUUCUGGUCCCCUCCUGGAGUGGCCCGUGCUCUACUGCCAGGUCCUCUCACUGGACUUCUGGCAGAGGUAUCGCGUGGAAGGCUACGGGGCUGUGGUACUGCCAGCCACCCCAGGCUCACAUACCCUGACUGUGUCCACAUGGAGGCCUGUGGAGCUGGGCCUGGUGGCUGAGCUAAGGAGGUUCUUCAUCGGCGGUGCUCUGGAGCUAGAAGACCUUUCCUAUGUGCGGAUACCAGGAACCUUCAAGGGGGAGCGCCUGAGCCGCUUUGGAUUCCGCACAGAGACCACAGGCACUGUCACCUUCCGCUUGUACUGCCUGCAGCAGUCCAGAGCCUUCAUGGAAUCGAAUUCCCUUCGGAGAAGGAUGCGUAGUGUGUUGGACCGUCUGGAGGGAUUUAGCCAGCAGAGUUCCACACACAAUGUGCUGGAGGCCUUCCGUCGAGCCCGGCGCCGCAUGCAGGAGGCCCGGGAGAGCCUCCCCCAGGACCUAGUGAGCCCCUCAGGAACCCUGGCCUGACUCUCUGCAGUCCUGGCCAGUGGUACUAGAGAACAAGAUGAAGGACAUGAGGCCAGCACUUCAUCUUUCCUAUUAGAGAUGACAUUGGUCAGCUGAGCAUUGGAAGCCCUGGGGACCUCAGGCUCUUCCAUCCAGCCUUUGGCAGGGUUUCCUUCCUGUCGUGUAGAAGUAAAGCCAGAGACCUUGGGGCCUCCUCAAGCAGCCCCUCUUCAUAUUUCAGCUACGAUACCUGGGCAGCCUAAUGAGGCGGAUUGUUGGUCUGCAACUAGUCUGGGCUGAGCCCACGAUCGGCCUGUCCACACACCGCCUCUCCUCUGGCUUGUCACAUGGUCUCAGUAGCAGAGGGCUGCAGGAACUCCACCUGUUCCACAGCCUGGCAAGAUGGAGUUUGCCUUCUUCCAAGAAAGAAGGAAUGCGAGCAAUAUCUCAAAUCCUGCCUGCUUCCAAGACCGUGGGGAGGGGAUGAGGAGAAAGACCUCAGGUUUCUGGCGUGAGUCUCUGGGCCCUUCUUUCCAGGGAGGCUUUGUUCUACUGCUUGGGACUUGCUGAGUUUGGAACAUGGCCAGCGGUGGGUCCCAGUCCUUCCUGUUAGCUGGGCAGUGAUUUUAUUGUGGCGUAUUUUUCUUUUUGCACAUAAAAAGUAUUUAUAUUGUCUGA